AUCCUAGAGAUAGGAUCCUUUAAAACAAAUAUCUUGUGGAAAGUAAGAUGUUUCGUUUGAUAAAAACGAGAGGAGACGACGAGCAUUGAACACAACUGUGAGGAGAGUUGCGUUUACUCCACAAAAGACGUUUGUUUAUGGUGUUAUUUCUGAAAUCUAUAAUAAACAACGCCACCUUCCGAAACACAUGUGAAAUGCGCCGAAACGUCACGGGACACGUUUCGCGUCAGCCAUCCCUGAGAAAUAAUACGCUAUAUUCCUUACAAGCGCGAUUUAUUUAGCUUACCGAAGCCUCACGGUAAUUGAUUUGCAUUUAAAGAAAACAUUUAUAGUGUCCUUCCACGCGUAUUUUUGUGUUACGACAUCAGUUUUUCCUGCUGCUUCUACUUCCUCCUUUUGAACAAGCUUUCACUUUUACAAAAGUGCGGCAAUAAUGUCGUUACCAAGUACAUCAUCAGAGACAGAAGGCUUAACAAAGAGAAGAAGAGGAAGCUUUGAUAGAGACGUACCAAACAUGUCUUUAAGAAUCGUUCUUGUAGGAAGGACUGGAGCUGGUAAAAGCUCUUCAGGAAACACAAUCCUGGGCAGUAGAUCUUUCAGAGCAGCUAAAGGUGCUUCAUCUGUUACCAAAGAGUGCUGGAAGGAAACAGGAGAGGUGGCCGGGAGAGCGAUCACGCUCAUUGAUACACCUGGACUGUUUGACACUGAAACUUCAGAAGAGUUUCUCACACAAGAGAUCAGUAAGUGUGUGAACAUGACAGCACCUGGACCUCAUGCCAUCGUCCUGGUCAUUCAGCCGGGUCCAUUCACAGAAGAGGAGAGGAUGUCAGUGGAGAAGAUCAGAGCUAUAUUUGGAGAAGAAGCAGAUAAACACACAAUCAUCCUCUUUACUCACGGUGAUGAACUGACAAGCACUAUUGAGGAAUACAUCAGUGAAGCCAAUAAAGACCUGCAAGAAAUCUUCAAGCGCUGUGGAGGAAGAUAUCAUGUCUUCAAUAAUAAAGAAACUGAAGACCGCAUGCAGGUUCUGGAGCUCCUGAAGAAAGUAGAUGACAUGGUCACGGCCAAUAAAGGUGGAUAUUACACCAGUGACUCUUACAGAGAAGUGGAGACCACACUGAAGACCAAAGAAGAAGAACUGAAGAAACUCUAUGAAAAGAAACUAAUUGACACACAGAGGGAACUAGAAUCCAGAUUUAAUGAAGAGAAGAGAAAUCUCCAGGAGAAAAUAGACAGACUAACAGCAUCUGAACAGGAAAAAGAAAAGAAGAUUAAAGAUCUAGAGGAACUGAAUCUGAAGAACAGAUCUAUAAUGAUUGAGUACAAGCGUUAUUAUGAGACAAAGCUCAGAGAAGUUAGACAAGAGGCAGAACUUCACACUCGUAUCAGUGAACCGAAGAUGACAAAGAUCCUUACCAAGUUACUUAACCUCCAACUCUAAUCAUGUUAGUUCAUCUGUUUAUCUUUCUGCUUAUCAAAUUCACCUGUUUAUAUGUAAUUGUUGUAUAAAUGCAGAAGACAGAGUUUAAAUGUGAGGGGAGCUGUAAGGAAGCGCUACAGGCCGUAGACAUUAUAUACAUAGACGCCUCAUGAUGUGCUGGAACGUAAUCCUUUGUCGCCGCCAUAUUGGUUGUGUCUCCUCACUCUAUACGCUAAAGAGUCAAUCGGAGUCAACGGAGAGCGAGCAACUAUGCCUGAAUUUUGUGCAUCUUACCGUUGCAAUAACCGGUGCAGUAUUGAUACCAGAUCGCAUGUGAUUAUCUUUCGCAAGUAAGAUUGAACAAUAAUAUUAUAUAAUAUUAUGUCAUUGUAACUUACGUUACUUACGUGUAACCAAACCGUGUGAAAAUCU